AUGCAUCGUGGGCAGGGCACAGGGGAGCAUAAGCGCAAGGGAGCAGCGGGGCAUGGGAGCAAGGGAGCAGCGGGGCAUGGGAGCAAGGGAGCAGCGGGGCAUGGGAGCAAGGGAGCAGCGGGGCAUGGGAGCAAGGGAGCAGCGGGGCAUGGGAGCAAGGGAGCAGCGGGGCAUGGGAGCAAGGGAGCAGCGGGGCAUGGGAGCAAGGGAGCAGCGGGGCAUGGGAGCAAGGGAGCAGCGGGGCAUGGGAGCAAGGGAGCAGCGGGGCAUGGGAGCAAGGGAGCAGCGGGGCAUGGGAGCAAGGGAGCAGCGGGGCAUGGGAGCAAGGGAGCAGCGGGGCAUGGGAGCAAGGGAGCAGCGGGGCAUGGGAGCAAGGGAGCAGCGGGGCAUGGGAGCAAGGGAGCAGCGGGGCAUGGGAGCAAGGGAGCAGCGGGGCAUGGGAGCAAGGGAGCAGCGGGGCAUGGGAGCAAGGGAGCAGCGGGGCAUGGGAGCAAGGGAGCAGCGGGGCAUGGGAGCAAGGGAGCAGCGGGGCAUGGGAGCAAGGGAGCAGCGGGGCAUGGGAGCAAGGGAGCAGCGGGGCAUGGGAGCAAGGGAGCAGCGGGGCAUGGGAGCAAGGGAGCAGCGGGGCAUGGGAGCAAGGGAGCAGCGGGGCAUGGGAGCAAGGGAGCAGCGGGGCAUGGGAGCAAGGGAGCAGCGGGGCAUGGGAGCAAGGGAGCAGCGGGGCAUGGGAGCAAGGGAGCAGCGGGGCAUGGGAGCAAGGGAGCAGCGGGGCAUGGGAGCAAGGGAGCAGCGGGGCAUGGGAGCAAGGGAGCAGCGGGGCAUGGGAGCAAGGGAGCAGCGGGGCAUGGGAGCAAGGGAGCAGCGGGGCAUGGGAGCAAGGGAGCAGCGGGGCAUGGGAGCAAGGGAGCAGCGGGGCAUGGGAGCAAGGGAGCAGCGGGGCAUGGGAGCAAGGGAGCAGCGGGGCAUGGGAGCAAGGGAGCAGCGGGGCAUGGGAGCAAGGGAGCAGCGGGGCAUGGGAGCAAGGGAGCAGCGGGGCAUGGGAGCAAGGGAGCAGCGGGGCAUGGGAGCAAGGGAGCAGCGGGGCAUGGGAGCAAGGGAGCAGCGGGGCAUGGGAGCAAGGGAGCAGCGGGGCAUGGGAGCAAGGGAGCAGCGGGGCAUGGGAGCAAGGGAGCAGCGGGGCAUGGGAGCAAGGGAGCAGCGGGGCAUGGGAGCAAGGGAGCAGCGGGGCAUGGGAGCAAGGGAGCAGCGGGGCAUGGGAGCAAGGGAGCAGCGGGGCAUGGGAGCAAGGGAGCAGCGGGGCAUGGGAGCAAGGGAGCAGCGGGGCAUGGGAGCAAGGGAGCAGCGGGGCAUGGGAGCAAGGGAGCAGCGGGGCAUGGGAGCAAGGGAGCAGCGGGGCAUGGGAGCAAGGGAGCAGCGGGGCAUGGGAGCAAGGGAGCAGCGGGGCAUGGGAGCAAGGGAGCAGCGGGGCAUGGGAGCAAGGGAGCAGCGGGGCAUGGGAGCAAGGGAGCAGCGGGGCAUGGGAGCAAGGGAGCAGCGGGGCAUGGGAGCAAGGGAGCAGCGGGGCAUGGGAGCAAGGGAGCAGCGGGGCAUGGGAGCAAGGGAGCAGCGGGGCAUGGGAGCAAGGGAGCAGCGGGGCAUGGGAGCAAGGGAGCAGCGGGGCAUGGGAGCAAGGGAGCAGCGGGGCAUGGGAGCAAGGGAGCAGCGGGGCAUGGGAGCAAGGGAGCAGCGGGGCAUGGGAGCAAGGGAGCAGCGGGGCAUGGGAGCAAGGGAGCAGCGGGGCAUGGGAGCAAGGGAGCAGCGGGGCAUGGGAGCAAGGGAGCAGCGGGGCAUGGGAGCAAGGGAGCAGCGGGGCAUGGGAGCAAGGGAGCAGCGGGGCAUGGGAGCAAGGGAGCAGCGGGGCAUGGGAGCAAGGGAGCAGCGGGGCAUGGGAGCAAGGGAGCAGCGGGGCAUGGGAGCAAGGGAGCAGCGGGGCAUGGGAGCAAGGGAGCAGCGGGGCAUGGGAGCAAGGGAGCAGCGGGGCAUGGGAGCAAGGGAGCAGCGGGGCAUGGGAGCAAGGGAGCAGCGGGGCAUGGGAGCAAGGGAGCAGCGGGGCAUGGGAGCAAGGGAGCAGCGGGGCAUGGGAGCAAGGGAGCAGCGGGGCAUGGGAGCAAGGGAGCAGCGGGGCAUGGGAGCAAGGGAGCAGCGGGGCAUGGGAGCAAGGGAGCAGCGGGGCAUGGGAGCAAGGGAGCAGCGGGGCAUGGGAGCAAGGGAGCAGCGGGGCAUGGGAGCAAGGGAGCAGCGGGGCAUGGGAGCAAGGGAGCAGCGGGGCAUGGGAGCAAGGGAGCAGCGGGGCAUGGGAGCAAGGGAGCAGCGGGGCAUGGGAGCAAGGGAGCAGCGGGGCAUGGGAGCAAGGGAGCAGCGGGGCAUGGGAGCAAGGGAGCAGCGGGGCAUGGGAGCAAGGGAGCAGCGGGGCAUGGGAGCAAGGGAGCAGCGGGGCAUGGGAGCAAGGGAGCAGCGGGGCAUGGGAGCAAGGGAGCAGCGGGGCAUGGGAGCAAGGGAGCAGCGGGGCAUGGGAGCAAGGGAGCAGCGGGGCAUGGGAGCAAGGGAGCAGCGGGGCAUGGGAGCAAGGGAGCAGCGGGGCAUGGGAGCAAGGGAGCAGCGGGGCAUGGGAGCAAGGGAGCAGCGGGGCAUGGGAGCAAGGGAGCAGCGGGGCAUGGGAGCAAGGGAGCAGCGGGGCAUGGGAGCAAGGGAGCAGCGGGGCAUGGGAGCAAGGGAGCAGCGGGGCAUGGGAGCAAGGGAGCAGCGGGGCAUGGGAGCAAGGGAGCAGCGGGGCAUGGGAGCAAGGGAGCAGCGGGGCAUGGGAGCAAGGGAGCAGCGGGGCAUGGGAGCAAGGGAGCAGCGGGGCAUGGGAGCAAGGGAGCAGCGGGGCAUGGGAGCAAGGGAGCAGCGGGGCAUGGGAGCAAGGGAGCAGCGGGGCAUGGGAGCAAGGGAGCAGCGGGGCAUGGGAGCAAGGGAGCAGCGGGGCAUGGGAGCAAGGGAGCAGCGGGGCAUGGGAGCAAGGGAGCAGCGGGGCAUGGGAGCAAGGGAGCAGCGGGGCAUGGGAGCAAGGGAGCAGCGGGGCAUGGGAGCAAGGGAGCAGCGGGGCAUGGGAGCAAGGGAGCAGCGGGGCAUGGGAGCAAGGGAGCAGCGGGGCAUGGGAGCAAGGGAGCAGCGGGGCAUGGGAGCAAGGGAGCAGCGGGGCAUGGGAGCAAGGGAGCAGCGGGGCAUGGGAGCAAGGGAGCAGCGGGGCAUGGGAGCAAGGGAGCAGCGGGGCAUGGGAGCAAGGGAGCAGCGGGGCAUGGGAGCAAGGGAGCAGCGGGGCAUGGGAGCAAGGGAGCAGCGGGGCAUGGGAGCAAGGGAGCAGCGGGGCAUGGGAGCAAGGGAGCAGCGGGGCAUGGGAGCAAGGGAGCAGCGGGGCAUGGGAGCAAGGGAGCAGCGGGGCAUGGGAGCAAGGGAGCAGCGGGGCAUGGGAGCAAGGGAGCAGCGGGGCAUGGGAGCAAGGGAGCAGCGGGGCAUGGGAGCAAGGGAGCAGCGGGGCAUGGGAGCAAGGGAGCAGCGGGGCAUGGGAGCAAGGGAGCAGCGGGGCAUGGGAGCAAGGGAGCAGCGGGGCAUGGGAGCAAGGGAGCAGCGGGGCAUGGGAGCAAGGGAGCAGCGGGGCAUGGGAGCAAGGGAGCAGCGGGGCAUGGGAGCAAGGGAGCAGCGGGGCAUGGGAGCAAGGGAGCAGCGGGGCAUGGGAGCAAGGGAGCAGCGGGGCAUGGGAGCAAGGGAGCAGCGGGGCAUGGGAGCAAGGGAGCAGCGGGGCAUGGGAGCAAGGGAGCAGCGGGGCAUGGGAGCAAGGGAGCAGCGGGGCAUGGGAGCAAGGGAGCAGCGGGGCAUGGGAGCAAGGGAGCAGCGGGGCAUGGGAGCAAGGGAGCAGCGGGGCAUGGGAGCAAGGGAGCAGCGGGGCAUGGGAGCAAGGGAGCAGCGGGGCAUGGGAGCAAGGGAGCAGCGGGGCAUGGGAGCAAGGGAGCAGCGGGGCAUGGGAGCAAGGGAGCAGCGGGGCAUGGGAGCAAGGGAGCAGCGGGGCAUGGGAGCAAGGGAGCAGCGGGGCAUGGGAGCAAGGGAGCAGCGGGGCAUGGGAGCAAGGGAGCAGCGGGGCAUGGGAGCAAGGGAGCAGCGGGGCAUGGGAGCAAGGGAGCAGCGGGGCAUGGGAGCAAGGGAGCAGCGGGGCAUGGGAGCAAGGGAGCAGCGGGGCAUGGGAGCAAGGGAGCAGCGGGGCAUGGGAGCAAGGGAGCAGCGGGGCAUGGGAGCAAGGGAGCAGCGGGGCAUGGGAGCAAGGGAGCAGCGGGGCAUGGGAGCAAGGGAGCAGCGGGGCAUGGGAGCAAGGGAGCAGCGGGGCAUGGGAGCAAGGGAGCAGCGGGGCAUGGGAGCAAGGGAGCAGCGGGGCAUGGGAGCAAGGGAGCAGCGGGGCAUGGGAGCAAGGGAGCAGCGGGGCAUGGGAGCAAGGGAGCAGCGGGGCAUGGGAGCAAGGGAGCAGCGGGGCAUGGGAGCAAGGGAGCAGCGGGGCAUGGGAGCAAGGGAGCAGCGGGGCAUGGGAGCAAGGGAGCAGCGGGGCAUGGGAGCAAGGGAGCAGCGGGGCAUGGGAGCAAGGGAGCAGCGGGGCAUGGGAGCAAGGGAGCAGCGGGGCAUGGGAGCAAGGGAGCAGCGGGGCAUGGGAGCAAGGGAGCAGCGGGGCAUGGGAGCAAGGGAGCAGCGGGGCAUGGGAGCAAGGGAGCAGCGGGGCAUGGGAGCAAGGGAGCAGCGGGGCAUGGGAGCAAGGGAGCAGCGGGGCAUGGGAGCAAGGGAGCAGCGGGGCAUGGGAGCAAGGGAGCAGCGGGGCAUGGGAGCAAGGGAGCAGCGGGGCAUGGGAGCAAGGGAGCAGCGGGGCAUGGGAGCAAGGGAGCAGCGGGGCAUGGGAGCAAGGGAGCAGCGGGGCAUGGGAGCAAGGGAGCAGCGGGGCAUGGGAGCAAGGGAGCAGCGGGGCAUGGGAGCAAGGGAGCAGCGGGGCAUGGGAGCAAGGGAGCAGCGGGGCAUGGGAGCAAGGGAGCAGCGGGGCAUGGGAGCAAGGGAGCAGCGGGGCAUGGGAGCAAGGGAGCAGCGGGGCAUGGGAGCAAGGGAGCAGCGGGGCAUGGGAGCAAGGGAGCAGCGGGGCAUGGGAGCAAGGGAGCAGCGGGGCAUGGGAGCAAGGGAGCAGCGGGGCAUGGGAGCAAGGGAGCAGCGGGGCAUGGGAGCAAGGGAGCAGCGGGGCAUGGGAGCAAGGGAGCAGCGGGGCAUGGGAGCAAGGGAGCAGCGGGGCAUGGGAGCAAGGGAGCAGCGGGGCAUGGGAGCAAGGGAGCAGCGGGGCAUGGGAGCAAGGGAGCAGCGGGGCAUGGGAGCAAGGGAGCAGCGGGGCAUGGGAGCAAGGGAGCAGCGGGGCAUGGGAGCAAGGGAGCAGCGGGGCAUGGGAGCAAGGGAGCAGCGGGGCAUGGGAGCAAGGGAGCAGCGGGGCAUGGGAGCAAGGGAGCAGCGGGGCAUGGGAGCAAGGGAGCAGCGGGGCAUGGGAGCAAGGGAGCAGCGGGGCAUGGGAGCAAGGGAGCAGCGGGGCAUGGGAGCAAGGGAGCAGCGGGGCAUGGGAGCAAGGGAGCAGCGGGGCAUGGGAGCAAGGGAGCAGCGGGGCAUGGGAGCAAGGGAGCAGCGGGGCAUGGGAGCAAGGGAGCAGCGGGGCAUGGGAGCAAGGGAGCAGCGGGGCAUGGGAGCAAGGGAGCAGCGGGGCAUGGGAGCAAGGGAGCAGCGGGGCAUGGGAGCAAGGGAGCAGCGGGGCAUGGGAGCAAGGGAGCAGCGGGGCAUGGGAGCAAGGGAGCAGCGGGGCAUGGGAGCAAGGGAGCAGCGGGGCAUGGGAGCAAGGGAGCAGCGGGGCAUGGGAGCAAGGGAGCAGCGGGGCAUGGGAGCAAGGGAGCAGCGGGGCAUGGGAGCAAGGGAGCAGCGGGGCAUGGGAGCAAGGGAGCAGCGGGGCAUGGGAGCAAGGGAGCAGCGGGGCAUGGGAGCAAGGGAGCAGCGGGGCAUGGGAGCAAGGGAGCAGCGGGGCAUGGGAGCAAGGGAGCAGCGGGGCAUGGGAGCAAGGGAGCAGCGGGGCAUGGGAGCAAGGGAGCAGCGGGGCAUGGGAGCAAGGGAGCAGCGGGGCAUGGGAGCAAGGGAGCAGCGGGGCAUGGGAGCAAGGGAGCAGCGGGGCAUGGGAGCAAGGGAGCAGCGGGGCAUGGGAGCAAGGGAGCAGCGGGGCAUGGGAGCAAGGGAGCAGCGGGGCAUGGGAGCAAGGGAGCAGCGGGGCAUGGGAGCAAGGGAGCAGCGGGGCAUGGGAGCAAGGGAGCAGCGGGGCAUGGGAGCAAGGGAGCAGCGGGGCAUGGGAGCAAGGGAGCAGCGGGGCAUGGGAGCAAGGGAGCAGCGGGGCAUGGGAGCAAGGGAGCAGCGGGGCAUGGGAGCAAGGGAGCAGCGGGGCAUGGGAGCAAGGGAGCAGCGGGGCAUGGGAGCAAGGGAGCAGCGGGGCAUGGGAGCAAGGGAGCAGCGGGGCAUGGGAGCAAGGGAGCAGCGGGGCAUGGGAGCAAGGGAGCAGCGGGGCAUGGGAGCAAGGGAGCAGCGGGGCAUGGGAGCAAGGGAGCAGCGGGGCAUGGGAGCAAGGGAGCAGCGGGGCAUGGGAGCAAGGGAGCAGCGGGGCAUGGGAGCAAGGGAGCAGCGGGGCAUGGGAGCAAGGGAGCAGCGGGGCAUGGGAGCAAGGGAGCAGCGGGGCAUGGGAGCAAGGGAGCAGCGGGGCAUGGGAGCAAGGGAGCAGCGGGGCAUGGGAGCAAGGGAGCAGCGGGGCAUGGGAGCAGGGAGCAGCGGGGCAUGGGAGCAGGGGAGCAGCGGGGCAUGGGAGCAAGGGAGCAGCGGGGCAUGGGAGCAAGGGAGCAGCGGGGCAUGGGAGCAAGGGAGCAGCGGGGCAUGGGAGCAAGGGAGCAGCGGGGCAUGGGAGCAAGGGAGCAGCGGGGCAUGGGAGCAAGGGAGCAGCGGGGCAUGGGAGCAAGGGAGCAGCGGGGCAUGGGAGCAAGGGAGCAGCGGGGCAUGGGAGCAAGGGAGCAGCGGGGCAUGGGAGCAAGGGAGCAGCGGGGCAUGGGAGCAAGGGAGCAGCGGGGCAUGGGAGCAAGGGAGCAGCGGGGCAUGGGAGCAAGGGAGCAGCGGGGCAUGGGAGCAAGGGAGCAGCGGGGCAUGGGAGCAAGGGAGCAGCGGGGCAUGGGAGCAAGGGAGCAGCGGGGCAUGGGAGCAAGGGAGCAGCGGGGCAUGGGAGCAAGGGAGCAGCGGGGCAUGGGAGCAAGGGAGCAGCGGGGCAUGGGAGCAAGGGAGCAGCGGGGCAUGGGAGCAAGGGAGCAGCGGGGCAUGGGAGCAAGGGAGCAGCGGGGCAUGGGAGCAAGGGAGCAGCGGGGCAUGGGAGCAAGGGAGCAGCGGGGCAUGGGAGCAAGGGAGCAGCGGGGCAUGGGAGCAGGGGAGCAGCGGGGCAUGGGAGCAGGGGAGCAGCGGGGCAUGGGAGCAAGGGAGCAGCGGGGCAUGGGAGCAAGGGAGCAGCGGGGCAUGGGAGCAAGGGAGCAGCGGGGCAUGGGAGCAAGGGAGCAGCGGGGCAUGGGAGCAAGGGAGCAGCGGGGCAUGGGAGCAAGGGAGCAGCGGGGCAUGGGAGCAAGGGAGCAGCGGGGCAUGGGAGCAAGGGAGCAGCGGGGCAUGGGAGCAAGGGAGCAGCGGGGCAUGGGAGCAAGGGAGCAGCGGGGCAUGGGAGCAAGGGAGCAGCGGGGCAUGGGAGCAAGGGAGCAGCGGGGCAUGGGAGCAAGGGAGCAGCGGGGCAUGGGAGCAAGGGAGCAGCGGGGCAUGGGAGCAAGGGAGCAGCGGGGCAUGGGAGCAAGGGAGCAGCGGGGCAUGGGAGCAAGGGAGCAGCGGGGCAUGGGAGCAAGGGAGCAGCGGGGCAUGGGAGCAAGGGAGCAGCGGGGCAUGGGAGCAAGGGAGCAGCGGGGCAUGGGAGCAAGGGAGCAGCGGGGCAUGGGAGCAAGGGAGCAGCGGGGCAUGGGAGCAAGGGAGCAGCGGGGCAUGGGAGCAAGGGAGCAGCGGGGCAUGGGAGCAAGGGAGCAGCGGGGCGUGGGAGCAAGGGAGCAGCGGGGCGUGGGAGGUGAGGAGCAUUGUAGCAGGGGUUACCUCCCUGACCGUCUCCCUAGGACAAGCUCCCUUGGGGUUGUGAGCAGCCUCACGUAUAACUCCUAA